AUGAAAUCAAUCACGGGUCUCGUCACGCCGGAGUUAGCCAUGUCGGAGCAAGAUGAGGACCUGUUGCGUGAGCUGGCAGAAACGCUUGCGGUGCACAAUAUCCAGCAGUACAACACUUUGCACAAGGCAAAGGACGGCUUCGCGGACAACCGCUGCUGGAAAGAGCUGCGACGCAAAGACGGCAUGCGUAUUUACCGGGAGCGUAGCCACCACAACGGCUUCCCUUCGACACCUUCAUUAUUGCUACUUGGCACGGUGGAGGGCACGCUAGACGACGUCAUGUACGGCACCGUGGCCACCACAGACGAGGCCAUCCGCAUCAAGUCCACCUGCAUCCAGGACGGUAUCAUCGAUAGCAAGGUGCUGCACGAACUCGUGCGGCCCACGGUGGAGGACCCGUUCCACCACACUAGCGUAAAAUGGCGUCUCUACAACAACCAACGUGACUAUGUGUCGCUGGACACUACGGGUAUCGCUCGCACGGUAAAGCGCGAGCGCAUCGGUUACAGUAUUUCGCAUUCGGUAGCUUUUGCCCAGAUCCCCGGCAUGGAGGAUACGCACGGCAUCGAGCGAGGCAACAUGUCGGUGUGCGCCCUAUACCUUCAGAAGACCCCAACAACCGUCGAGUGCUACGUCCGCGGCUUUUUCGAUUUCCACACACAGAAUGAGAUGGUCAACACCAUGUCACUCCAGGCCAUUGCGACGCAGUGGGCGUGCUUUGCGCGGAAUUGUCGUUGCGCACUGAUGAAGAAGCUGGUGUGGCGAAUGCGAAGAAGCUCAGGCUGCACAAAGACGUUGUCCCUAGAUAGCGACCGCCCAACGCUUGCCCAGCAGCCAUCAGCACCCAUUCGAGGUAAAUGUGCCUUGUGUUCAAGGAACUUCGGCUUUCUGCGCGCACACUACAAAACUUGCAAGUGUUGUUUACGUCUCGUGUGUUCACGAUGCUGCUCCAAACAGCUCGUGUGUGUCGUGGCUCCAGACCAGCGCUCUGUGCUUGAGAAAAAGCGAAGUUUUUGCUCGACCUGUCUUUCGGAUGCAGCUAACAGUGACGCGCUCGAUGUGGCCCGAGAGGAGCUAGCCAGCUCAAAAGCUUACCACGAAGAAUGCGUGGCCAAUGCUCAGGAAAUGGCGCGGGCGUCUAGGGCUAGCUUCGUGCAGAGUGCUGUCUUUCGCUGCAGCCAAAUCAACAGCCGAUGUCACAUCGACAGGAAAUCCAUGGUAUAA